AUGGCGUUGGUUGGCGCGGGGAUGAGUCUGUUGUGGGUGCCCAAACAUCCCUUGGGUGUGCCUGUGUAUAGCUAUGAGGGCAAAUUUGGAUAUAGCUUGAUAAAUGUCUUGGAUCCGAAGGCUGGAGGUGCUAUGGUUGAGGCCAUUCAGAAGGAAGGGAAGCCAACUUGGUUGGAUCAAAUUCGUGGUCAUUUCUUGCACCCUUCGGAUGAAAGCUUUGCUAUAUAUGCUGGAGUUGCUAUAGGUGAAGAUGUCGAGGAUGAUCUUGUUGGUCUGGCUCGAGAGGAAGUUGUUGUCCUUUCGAGUAGUAGUUCUGGUAAUUCUCGUGAAGGUCUAACAUCCCAUUCCGCGCGUGCAGGUGCUGCGCAAGCUGCUGUUAACGAGCCUGUUCAUGAGUUCGUUGGGGAUGAUGCGGAGGUGUCUGUUGACCCUUCUGCUAACUUGGGGAUGAGGAAAAAAGCGAAGACUGAUAAGUCUGAGGGCCAAGCUGCUGAUUAUGUGGUUGUCUCUGACACGUUGUCUGGUCUAGGAGUUGGUGAGAAACCUCGAGAGUCUGAUCCGGACGAUGGUGCUACUUUAACCGAGCUGAUGAAGAAAAAGGCCCUUGCGGACCAUAAACGCAAGCUUGAUGAGCAGUCCGCUGCUCUUCUUGCUGCUAAAAAGGCGAAACUCCAAAAGGAAGCUCCUCCCGCGCCCUCUGAAUCUGAGAUUGAUCUGGGUGUUUUUAGUGCGGGUCGUAGGAAUCUUCUGGAAGAAAUAUUCGCCGCGUCUGCUCCUCCUGCCGUGAAAACUGGUAAGAAGCCUCGGAUGGUGGAUAUUUCCCAGAUCACGCCUCCUGCUUCCCCUCCUUCAAGGACAGUUGGCAUAACCUCUCCAUGGGAUGAUCCUGAAGCGAAGAAGAAAAGGGAUGAGGGGGUUGCUGAAAACGUGGAUGGAGGCGGUGAUGCUGGUGGUGAUGUUGGUGGUGCUGAUAAGGGUAAGGGUAUCGAGACGGAGGUGGAGUCAAGUGAAGCCACUCCACGCCAAACGAUUUAUACUAGACGUACUCCGGGUGGUGAUGGUGCUACCUCCGGUGUUGUUCGUAAUCCUGCGUUUGAGAAAAGUCAUGUUGAUUCAUGGGAUACACGUAACCCUGCUUGCGACGACCUACCGCACGUUCCUCGGUGGAAUCUUACUCAGGGUUCCCGGAUGAGUGAUUUGGCCAAUUGUCAUGACUUCUUCUCUAUGUCUCUCCCCCUUGCGGAAAGGAUGUUUCAAAAGAGGCAGAAUCGGUUUGAGUUGUUGGACGACCAUGUUCAUGCUGGAGUGAAUUUCUUUGCCACCUCUCAGGAGAUUUUACGCGAAUGGCGAUUGAUGGGUGAAGAGACCAGUGAGUUUGAGAAUGCAAAGAGGUUGUUUGCGGAGGAGAGGGAGAAGUUUAAUGCAGAGAAGAAAGGGCUGCAGUGGAGGGUGUCUGAUGCUGAAUAGAAACUUGAGGAGCAAAAACAUGUUAAUGCUCAAAAACAAAAAGAUUGGGAAACCGCGUGUGAGCGGACCAAUGCUGAGAUGCAAUCCCAGCGUGAGGCGAUUGUUCGGUUGUCUGGGGAAAAUCAGAACUUGUUGAGGAAGCUUAUCAGGCGCGCCUUGCGGCUGAGAAGAAAGAGAAAGAAUACGUUGAACGAAUCGAUAAGUUGGAGGUCUUCGUACAGCGGAAAACGUCAGAGUGUGAGGCUGCCCAGCGCCUUCUCGAUGAGAAGACGGCUGAGUGGCAAGCUUCUGAAUUUCUUGCUGAGGAGGCCUCUACCGAUAGCAAAUGGUUACUUUCUCGCGGUGUACCCUUGCUUGCCGAUCGUAUAUUAAACUCGACUGAACUUGCGACGUAUAUGUUCGAGUUGGGCCAGGCGGCUUACAAUAGUGGUCGAAAGUGUGGGUAUGCUGAGGGCAAGGCUGCGGU